AAACAUUGAGUGCACUGAGGCUUGAGUUUGAGACGUGCUACAACCACUUUGUUUGUGAUUGGGUUCAGGUGAAGAUGCAUCUGUUCGUCUCCGCCGUGUUGCUGGUGUUGUGCUCUCCCUUCAUCGUGACUGAAGUUGUUGAUUCAUUCAACAAAUGCAGCAGUAUGUUUUUUAAAGAAGAGUCUCCCGUUAUUGAUGGCAUUCUGGAUCAUUCAACCUCGCUGGAUAAUAACCGCUACAAACUAAUCUGUCAGAAGUAUGAGGGCGAAUACAGAUAUGCAACUCUGUAUGACAUAUCAGCGAAGAUCCCUCUGUUCUCCGCUUACAAAUUUACUGCGGUUAAUAAAAAAACCCCACAUAUUCCAUGGAUGAUCGAGCCGCAGCUUAACCCUUUAGAUGGCUCGAUGGCUGAUCCAGGAGAAAAUCAGGCUGUAGACCGAGACUACUGGGAUCAGGAACAAGACGAAUGGGACCGUGGCCACUUAUUUCCCAACGGCCACGCACCUGAUGAAAUCACUGCCGAAUCCACAUACACACUGACCAAUACUGUGCCACAGCAUACUAAAUUUAAUAAGGGUAGUUGGAGAAGUAUGGAGCAAAGUGUUAGAAGUUUCAUGGAGACUAAAUGCCGUGACGAAAAUAACCAUGAAGAUAUCUUGGCGUAUGUGCUGACCGGAGCCGUGCCUGGCGACAAACGCUUGAAUAACAGAGUUAACAUUCCCUCACACAUGUGGACCGUAUUCUGCUGCUUUAAUCCUAAAACGAACGAUUGGGAAUCCAAGGCUCACUGGGCUGAAAACAAAGAUGAGAAAAAAAACCCAAUCCCAAUCCCUGAUAAAACACUGGAGAAAUUAGAAGAAUUUCUCGGGAACAAAUUUAAACAGUCCUCACUCUUCAGCCAAGACUGUAACCAGUUUAGUCAUCAAAGAUUAUCAUCUAAACCCACGGUGCUUGAGUCAAUUCCAGCUUCAUUUUGUUAGCAGCUAAAUGAUCCCUAUAAUAAUGCUCAGCUAAGCUUGUCUAAAUUUGAAGGCAUGAAAGGAUAACGGUAACAGAUUUCUGAUCCUGUUGUUUCUCUGACUAUAUAUGUACUGCAAAACAAAUAAAUGCUUUCAAAAUAAAAUGCUAUAAUCAAAA